AUGAAAACUUGGGAAGCAAAAUAUGAGAAUUGCAGUCUUGGUGAGCGAGUAGUAUUAGCACUGGCAGAGGACGAACGAGGAAAGUUCAAGAUGUUGUUUUUCGAUAACUACUUCAACAGUUUACCAUUGUUGGAAAAGUUGAAAUCUGAGAAAACACUAGCCUGUGGGACUAUACGCUCCAAUAGAAAAGGACUGCCUGAAAACAUCCUUGAGGAUAAGAAACUCAAAAGAGGAGACAUGGACCAUAGAACUUCAUGUAAUGGUAUCACAUUCUUCAAAUGGCGGGACACAAAGAGUGUUUUCUUAGCAUCAAACUACCACGGAAGUGAAAUGACAUUGGUAGAUAGAAAGGAUGAUAAAGGGAAAACUCACAAAAUAACUGCUCCAACAGUAAUCAAGGAUUAUAACCAGUUCAUGGGGGGUGUAGACCAUGCUGACCAACUACGAGCAAGUUAUGGUGUUCAUCGGCGAUCCAAGAAAUGGUGGCAAAGGAUUUUUUGGGGUAUCUUGGACAUAGCUUUUGUGAAUAGCUUUGUGGUCUAUUGUCGCAUCUCGGGUGAGAAGCCUCCAUUACUUGAUUUUCGGCGAAAUGUCGCUCUGGGCCUUAUGUCCAAAUGUGAAGUAAACUGUAAGAAGGGAAGUUUGAAGCGCACCAGCAAAUCACCUCAACAACCAUCAAACAAGCGACGGGGCAAGGAGCCAUCUGUGUCCAACGAUGUGAGAUUAGGUACCUUAGGAGUGCACUGGCCAACAUUCACUGAAGGAGUUAAGAGGAAGAUGUGA